ACGGGCUCGGCCGGCUGCUAUUCCGGCUGGCGGCGACCGCCGCAGGAAGGGCCGGUUCCUGAGCUCCCCCCGCCCCCUUCCCUCGCCUUCUGCUGACGCUGACGUCGGAUGAGGGAGCCGGAGGGACGCUUCGACCGCUGCCAGGAGGCUCCGGUGAGGGCCGGGACUCCGAGGCAAGCCAUCAGGAGCCUGCAUUGAUGCCCUGGCUCUGAAGCUACUUGGCUUUGUUCUCUCAGACCUGUUAGUCACCUCCCUGGAUCACAGGUCAUAAUAUAACUUACCCUCUCAUGCUUUUUCCCUGCCCCUUCUCCCCAAAUCAUCAACAGUAGAAAAAGAAGAAGAAGAAAACAUGUCAGGACACAAAUGCAGUUAUCCUUGGGACUUACAAGAUCGAUAUACUCAAGAUAAGUCAGUAGUAAAUAAGAUGCAGCAGAAAUAUUGGGAAACGAAGCAGGCCUUUAUUAAAGCCACAGGGAAGAAGGAAGAUGAGCAUGUCGUUGCCUCUGAUGCGGACCUGGAUGCCAAGCUGGAGCUAUUUCACUCAAUUCAGAGAACCUGUUUGGACUUGUCUAAAGCAAUUGUACUCUAUCAAAAGAGAAUAUGUUUCUUGUCUCAAGAAGAAAACGAACUGGGAAAAUUUCUCCGAUCCCAAGGCUUCCAAGAUAAAACCAGAGCAGGAAAGAUGAUGCAAGCAACAGGAAAGGCCCUCUGCUUUUCUUCCCAGCAAAGGUUGGCUUUGAGAAAUCCUUUGUGUCGAUUUCACCAAGAAGUGGAGACUUUUCGGCACCGGGCCAUCUCAGACACUUGGCUGACGGUGAAUCGCAUGGAGCAGUGCCGGACUGAAUACAGAGGGGCAUUAUUAUGGAUGAAGGAUGUGUCACAGGAGCUUGAUCCAGACCUCUACAAGCAAAUGGAGAAGUUCAGGAAGGUACAAACACAAGUACGUCUUGCCAAAAAAAGCUUUGACAAGUUGAAGAUGGAUGUAUGUCAGAAAGUGGAUCUUCUUGGAGCAAGCCGAUGCAAUCUGUUGUCUCAUAUGCUAGCAACAUACCAGACCACUCUGCUUCAUUUUUGGGAGAAAACUUCUCAUACUAUGGCAGCCAUCCACGAGAGCUUCAAAGGUUACCAACCAUAUGAAUUCACUACGCUAAAGAGCUUACAAGACCCUAUGAAAAAACUGAUUGAGAAAGAAGAAAGGAAGAAGAUCACCCAGCAGGAAAGUGCAGAGGCCACCGUGGAGGAACCCAGGCAGUUAAUUUCAUUAGAGGAUGAAAACCAGCACAAGGAGUCUUCUAGUUUUAAGACUGAAGAUGGAAAAAGCGUUUUAUCUGCCUUAGACAAAAGCUCUACACAUAAUGCAUGCUCAGAUGAACUAUUAGACAUGAAACCCGAGGAAGGUGCUUGCCUGGGCCCAAUGGCAGGGACCCUAGAACCUGACGCUGCUGACAAAGAUGACCUGCUGCUGUUGAAUGAGAUCUUCAACGCUUCCUCCCUGGACGAGAGUGAGUUCAGCAAGGAGUGGGCUGCUGUGUUUGGAGACGACCGGCUGAAGGAGCCCGUGCCCACUGUGGCCCCAGGAGAGCCAGACCCCCGGCCCCAGACGGGUUCAGGAUUCCUUCCUUCGCAGCUUUUAGACCAAAACAUGAAAGACUUACAGGCCUCACUACAAGGCUGGUCAGAGAGCAGUGUCAGUCCUCCUCCUACUCCAUGGCCAGCACCACAGGCAAGCAGUCCAAAUGACAACAGCCCUGCAAUGAAAGAGCCUGCGAAGGCUGCCUCGGACCUGACUGCCUGGUUCAGCCUCUUCGCUGACCUCGACCCAUUAUCAAAUCCUGACGCUGUGGGGAAAACUGAUAAAGAACACGAAUUGCUCAACGCAUGAGUCUGCAGCCUCACAGAGGGAGCCCACGUGCCACUCCUCGGCCACACACCUGGGGGCACGCAGACAUAUGAAGUGAUCAGUAUGCUGUUUUAAUAUUUACAUGCCAUUUUAAUAAAAUGAGAGGGUCAGAGGCCCUGUUUAUAUUGGUAUAA